AUGAGUAACCCUCGACAGCUAAGAGGCCAGCUGACGUCCGUCGAAAUACACCGCGACAGCCUUUCCAGUCCUUGGGGCUUCAGGCUGCGCGGGGGACGUGACUUCAACGAACCGCUGGUUGUGCAAAAGGUUCAGCCGCUCAGCGCUGCAGAGGAAUACUUGAAACCGGGCGAUGUAAUUCUCCAAAUCAGAGACAAGGACGCGAAAUUUCUCACGCAUGCCGAGGCUCUGGCGGUUUUAAAGGAAGCGGGCAGCAUAUUGCGACUCCUGAUCCUGAGGCCGACCUCUUCGACACCGCGGCAGUCGAAUUUCGAUGCACCUGUAAAGACGGCGACGAGGUCAGCACUUUCGCCAAGCGAGAGUGAACCGCCGAUCGAGGACGAAGUACCGCGUAACAAUCAACUGGCGGACAUCAUGAAGCAGUCCCUGAUGACGCAAAAUCGCUAUGGCAAAUAUCAGUCGUUGCCGCGUCCGUCAACCUUCAAGUUCCAGCAUCAACAGCAGCAACAGACAAGGAGCACCAGUGUAUCGCCGACAUCGACGUCGACGUCGUUCAACUACCACUAUGACAGCAACCGACGAGGCCGGUCGACGAACAUCACUGACACUCGAAUCAGGAACCAGAUCAUCAAAGACUCGAUCACCCGUUCAAGUCCAUCGACGUCCAGCCGCAACUCACCGGUGCCAAACUAUUUGUCGUCCGGAGACGGGGACAAGUACGAGGAUGCUCUUAAAUAUGGAAUUACGGUACCACCGACUCAACGCGCAACUUCCACUCCUACCCUGACGCCGACAACCGUCAGGCAGCUCGUGCAUCUGCAGUACAAUUCGCCCAUGAUGAUGUAUUCUCCGACGAACAUCGUCGACACCUUCAACAAAAACUUGCAGGCCAUUCCGUAA